UGUAACCACUAUAGCCAUCAGUUUUCAUUACCAAAAGACCUCUUAAAAUGGAAUUACUCCGCUCUCCUACAUAUACAUUCUUCCAAUGAGCAAACACAUUCGGCGGGGGGAUGGCCAUGUUGACAUGGCUCUUGUUGUAUUAUAAAUCGAAGUCUAUUAUUCAGAUUGUGGAUUAAACAUGUUCAUUAUUUACAGGUUAAUGGGAAGCUGUGAAACGGAAAUAUUUCAUUGUGUGUGGUCACUCGAGGACAGAAAUGGCUCGACCUAAAGAAAAAGCGAGAACUGCAUUUGAUCAGAAGUGUAUGGCAGCCUCAGACAAGCUGGCAAGUUUCCAAGCUACCUCACUUAAAGAUGACAUUGAAAGGUUGUAUACAGAUGAAAUACUCACAGAUCUAAGCAUUGACCUAGGUAGUAGAAAGCUAGCACUUCACAGAUGUAUAAUUAAAGCAAGGAAUGCAGACUUGUGUAAUUUUUUGACAUCAUUUGAAAGAAAUGAUGGGAACGAGGCAUUAUUGAUCCCCAACUCACGUCAUUCAGAUAUAGAAAAUUGUCUAAGGUCACUAUAUACAGAUGAUGAUGUAACAGCUAGUGUAGAGAAACUGGACACUUAUUUCCAGCCAGAAUCAAACAUUGAAUUACAACAGCCAAACACUGACAACUCUAAUGACAUGGAUAAUGAUAUGAUUGACACCGACAGAGAUACUUUACAUGUGAUAUCUGAAAACAUAACAAAUACUAGUCUAGACCUUGUCAAAACUGAAGUUGGUUGUUUAAAAAGGGAGAUUUGUAGUUGUAUAGGUGAAGGGGAAAGAAGUAACGGGUGUCCGUCUGUCUGUGAUAAUUCUGAUUGUGAUAAAUAUAAUGAUAAAAUGUAUGGUAGUGUUGAGAGAGGGAAUGAAGCUGGGAACAAAACAAGCACUUGUGAUAAUACAACGGCGGUUUGUGGUUGUGAAGAGGAGAAUGAUGAGGAAAAUAUUUAUAAAUUAGCCGAAAGAAUUGUAAAACAAGUAAUUGAAGAAGCUCAAAGUAUUGUUGCAAAGGACAAAAGUGAUAAUCCUUUAGAUAAUAUUGCCAAAGAAAAUGAGAGUGCCAAGGAAGUGGAAUCUUUGAUAUAUUGUAAUGAUAGUGCUGAAAUUGAGAAGAAAAUUAAUUCUAGUGAAAAAGAUAACAAUGGCCAAUAUUCAAUCAAAUCAAAUACCUCUCCAGGAAAUCAAUCAAAUACCUCAGUAGAAAAUCAAGCACAGCAAACAAAAUGUUGUAGAUUUAACACGAGAACAAAUAUAGACAGUAUACAAGGGUUACAAGAAAGAGUGUUUGAAGUAAAAACAUUAUUGAGACCAUGUAGUAAGCUUGGUGAGGACUUGCUUAGAAUGUUACUAGAACAAGAGUCUACAGAUUGUUCUAUAGAAGUACAGGGAGAAACAUUCCGUGCCCAUAGGUGUAUUUUAGCUGCUCGUUCAUCAUAUUUUGCUGCGAUGUUGUGUGGAUCAUGGAGGGAGAGCGAAGAAGAGACAAUAGUGUUAGAGGGGAUAUUACCUGCAGUAUUAAAGCAGACGUUACUAUAUUUAUAUGGUGGAGUUACUCAGGUAGAUCCCCAGUGUCCACUAGGAGGGCUCAUUAUGAUGGCGGACAUGUAUGGGAUGGAAGGGCUGAAGGAAGUUGUAGCAUUUAAUCUUAACAUAGGCUAUUGUCAUUUCUUCCACAGGCCAUGUGCAGAAUGUAUUGCUGGUGUACCUGAAGCAUUGGCUCUGACAAUGAUGUACAACAUGGACGCCAUGAAGGAGAAAUGUGUACGAUGGAUCAACAAAAACUUUGGGAAAGUAUGGCCAGGAAAAUCUUUAGCGACUCUACCUCAAGAAGUUUUGGAGUUUACAGUAUCAAGUGCAGUCAAAGACCUG